UUUUCAUGCUUGAGUUCAAAGUUCACUUGAGGAACACAAAAGACUUAAGCAACGAACUUUUCACUUACUUUUCAUUUUAAUACAAAAUUUUACUUUUCCUUCACUGCAAAAAAAGUUGAAAUACAAAAUAAACGUUAAUCUCCGAUUGCCACAACAACAACAACUUCCACAAUGUCAACAAGCUGACGAUAACAAAUCAAAGCGCUGCCGAAGUAACGCCUCAAUCGAGGACAAACUGCUUGAGGAGCGUGCUCUGCAACGCCUCAACGAUGAGCAAAUAAAUGCGGUAAUGUGGAGUGCGACCAACAUUUGCGCGCUAGAUGUGUGCGUUAGAUGUGCAAUUAGAGGCAAGUAGCGAAGCAUACACCACAGAGGAGCAACGCGCUGAUCGGUGGUAAAUGCAGCCAGUAGCAGUGUGUGUCCAGCGGCUAGAGCAAUCAAGUUCGUAGAACACGUUUCAAUACGGCGGCGGAGAUAGCAACGAGAAACACUCUCACCGCCACUUUCAUUUCACUGCUCGAUUAACUACUAGACGCCUCGCUAGCUGUGUGUCAAUAUUGUUUUUAUUGUUGUUGUUGUUGGUUGCAUACGCGCAUGCCUGGCCGCCUAUCGUUAAGCUAAUAUCGCUCUAACCGCCAUAUCCGUGGCGAUAAUAACACGUUGCUGCUGGAGGCUGCUGCGGCCGCGGCCGUUGAUGACAUUAUUUAGCCGCGGCAGCAACCAAUUGACGGAGUGGAGUGCCAUAGCAGCUCCGUUGCUGAGCGCAAUCAUAACAAAGUGAGCCAGCUGCGCUCAUUUUGUUUUGAGCGUUGACGCAGUGCAGACGCGCGAAUUUUCAAUUAUCCAGCAAGUCAAAGAAAAACAAAAAAAAAUAUUUCAAUUAAUUUGCAUUUUAAUCGGCGUCUCCAGAAUGGAAAGUGAAAACGCGCUGAGGCGCUGUGUCAUCAAGGCAAACGAAAGGAAUUUACGUCAUUUAAGCAGAACUGUGUCAGAUAAACACUUGAUAAUGUGGCCUUCACAUACUCAACGGCUGUUUAUGGCACUGCAGUAUUUGCUGCGCUUGGCCUGCAUUUUAUUGGCGCUAAAUAUUUGCGGUGCGCACUCAUUACCGUUGCUGGUGCAAGCUGCGCCCAGUCUUGCUUGGCACAAUUCGAAUUUGAACGAUGUGCGCACAAAUGGAACGCACAGCAUCGGCCCCACUUGGCCGCCUAACCUACAGCACAUCGAUAUUUGGAGCGCUGUGGAGCUGCCGAGCUACGCUGCCGCGCAGAUGGCCGAGGAUGAGGACGAGCCGGAAGUGCAGUCGCUGCAAGCUAUUGAGGGCUUUCAAUAUGCGGGCGCUAAUUUCGAGGACUCUUAUGAUGGUUUAUCCAGCGGACUUAACGGUACACAAGUGGAGCAGAAAUCGGGCUGUAAACCAAAGCGCGGGAAAGAUACCAUUGAAAAACACUUGGAAAGUAAAGACACACUGGACGUGCCAAACAAUCGUCAAAAUCGCGUGAUCCACCUGUUUCCUGUGCCUGUCGACGGCGAAUGUCUCUCGGAUGAUGGACGACGCAUCGGCAAUUGCUUCAACAUAUACGAAUGCCGGGCCAAAGGAGGGAUUGCGAAAGGCGAUUGCGCCAUGGGUUUUGGUGUAUGUUGCAUAUUCAUCGCCAGUUGCAACACCACCAUUAGCAAUAACGUUACCUAUCUGGUGUCGCCGCAGUUCCCCAGCUUCAUGCCGAGCAAUUAUAGCGCACCGUGCAACUACAAAAUCAAACUUAUGAGCGAUGAGGUCAGUCAGCUGCGCAUUGACUUCUAUCACUUCUCAAUGGGACAACCGAAUCGACGCAGUGGCGUUUGCGACGGUGAUGUGUUUGCGGUCAAUGGAGGUCCAAGUGGCGCGCUGUCCUUGUGUGGACAAAACAGCGGACAGCACAUCUAUUACGAAGUGGGUGGCGCUGCUGCACCGCGUCAAACACUCUUUGGUAAUCUACGUCCACUCACCUUUAGUCAACUGUACCCGAAUAGCAGUGGCGGUGCGACGCCGACUAUUGAGAUCGUCAUGAAUUUCACGCAACGUUUUCAACCCAUACGUCUCUGGGAGAUACGAAUUGCGCAAAUUCCAUUCAGUCAGCGCGCGCCAGUCGGUUGCUUGCAGUACCACACGGGCACCGAAGGCAUCAUACAGACUUUCAAUUUCGCGGAGAAUGGUCGUCAUUUGGCCAACCAGAACUAUCGCAUCUGCAUGCGUCAGGAGCAGGCUAUGUGUUCUAUUAUGUACCAGCCUUGCGAUGAGCAGUCAUUUCGCAUUGGACCAGGCAGCGCCGGGGAACCAGGCAUGCUGAAUAUGGGAGCGCCAGCGUUAAUGAUGGAUCCGAUGUUGGCCGGGGUGAUGAACAUGAACAGCAUGAUGGGUGGCGGUGGUGGUGCAACUGGCGCUGUUCUCAACGACAGUCCAACGAUGGAUGCCAUGCCAACAAUGCAGUCGACCGUGCUGGCCGAUGAUCCUAAUAUGUUGCAAAUGAUGGAUGCCACAACAACAAUAGCGGCAACGAUGUCGACCGCCGCUUCAUCGGAUGCUACCACAACUACUGCUGUCGCGAUGAUGGAUGCCAGCACAACAGCAACGGACAGUAGCGCCGCUACUAUGGCAACAGAGGCUGCUAGUAGCAGCGCGGCAGCGCCAAGCAGCACGGAAGUUACAACCGCCGCGCCAGCUGCCUCCGAAAUGCCCGCUGCUUCAUCGGAAACGCCGGUCAGCAGCAGCAGCGCCACCACAUUAGACACUCGCAGCAGCACCACGCCGGCAACGACUGUCGCUACUUCAACGCUCAGUGACGAAAUCGCGGAUGAAGGCUCCGGCGGAGGUGAUACCGACCCAAUAGCCGGCGCGCCAACGCGUCGACCCGGACCCGUGCGUGGUGGUUUCGAUUUGCUCGGUUUCCUGCGUAGCGCAUUCGACUUCAACAGCUUUCGACGCAAUAGCCGACAGUUGGGUGAGAAGAGCACACUUAGCAGUGGUUAUAAGAGACAGUUGGAUGAGAAGAGCACACUUAGCAGUGGUUACAAGAGACCAGCGAAGCGCGCGCGUCAGCUAUAUUCGCGCUGCACCGAUCGUCUCACCAUGCCGUGUAUUGUCGAAGACUUCAUUGGCAUGGGUCCGCUGGGCACGCCAACAUUGCCAGGCUGCGAGCCGGUACAUUGUGGCUCACAAUUCUGCUCCAGCGGCGUGUGGCCAUGCCGCAUCGAAUCAACAGUGACGCCUUUCUACAUUGGCGUGCAUUUCGGCAGCGGUUUAGGCAAGGGUAGCGCGGAGGAUAAUAUUGGCGCUUGUUUGCGCUAUCAGCAGGUGGAAUGCAUGUGACGGCGCUGUUAGUGGAGCGUUAUACGUUUGUAGAUAGAUUUUUAGUGUUUAAGUCUGUGUGUUUGAAUGUGUA